CGCCGCCCGCAAUCAGUCUCCGUUCGGCCACCGCGCGAUUCACACGUAGCGCAACGUCUCCCUACACGGAUACGAAUGUGAAACUGGUGUUUGCGUGUACCAUGGUGAUAGUGUCUCUCGUGGCAAGUACGAGUAAUCAGUGACAAUUUACAGAAGUAACGAAGAAAACCGAUCUCUCCCGUUCCGCUCGACGGCCGGCGAGAUGUCGGUGAUGCAGAAGAGACAGCAUUGCUACCUGUGCGACUUGCCGCGCAUGCCGUGGGCUAUGCUGCACGAAUUCUCGGAGGCGGUGUGUCGCGGCUGCGUCAACUAUGAGGGCGCGGAUCGUAUCGAAGUCGUCCUCGAUACCGCCCGCCAGCUGAAGCGAGCGCACGGCUUUCAAGAGGGCAGAGGCCCGACACACACGAAAGGUGCGCACCGAGCGCCACUCGAGGCGCAUCAGAACGGCGGCGAAACGACCGGCCGCGGCCAGCCGGCUCAACCCGCACACCAUGCGCCCACAGCCGGGUUCCCGCUCCAUCACACGCGUCCCACGCCCAGCGCAGGACUCUUAGCUGAAUACGGCAGUCGACGCGAGGAGCACGAGGGCCGACGGCUGACACAUUUAACCGCACACCAUCUUCCACACGGCGGGGCGCGACUCGCACCCGGACUGACGCUAAAGCGACCGCUGGAGGAGGACGAGCACCAGUCGCACCACGAGCCGACGAAGCGGCUGCUGGAGGAGCACGCGCGGCCGCCGCUAACGCGCGGCGAGUCGCUACCGGCCGUGUCUCUGGCGGCGCCCUUCGCGCCCGACCGCGUCUUCAAACAGGAAAAGCACCCUCUGCGCACGCCUUCUUUCGACGCCACUUCCUUCAAAACCAACGGCUAUACAAGCAGUGUGGGCGGCGUCGGAGGCGUAGGCGGCGCGACCAGCGCUGCGCUCAGUAACGGCGCCGGCGGCUCCCCUCUAGGCCGCGCCGCCGCCUCUCCGCCAGCCGGUGGACCCUCUCCAAUGGCUGCGCUCAUGUCCGUGGCGGACACGCUGCCGCCGGGCAGUCCGCGCUCCGCCGGUGGCUCCCCCCCACAGCCGCCGCCCCAGCGCUCCAACAGCCGCUCCAGCCAGCACUCGCCCAAUUCCUCAGGCUCGAACGGCGGGCGGCGGUCGUCGGGGUCGCGGCAUGUCUCCUCGACGACGUCGGUGUCGUCCAGCGAGGCGGCGGACGCGGACCCGCCGGCGCCGCUGCUCAAGUGCACGCUCUGCCAGGAGCGGCUCGAGGACACACACUUCGUGCAGUGCCCCAGUCAGCCGCACCACAAGUUCUGCUUCCCUUGCUCGCGGGACUCCAUCAAGCGCCAGCAGGGCUCCGAGGUGUACUGCCCGAGCGGGGAGAAGUGCCCGCUUGCGAACUCGACGGUGCCGUGGGCGUUCAUGCAGGGUGAGAUCGCCACGAUACUGGGAGAGGAGUUCAAACCCAAGAAGGAGCGGGAGACCUAGGGAAGCGCUGCCGCCUUCCGUCUUUACCUCUUGUCCCUCGCGCUGUGAGCAGCGGGAGGAGAACGGCCCCCGGGCCCAGCUGCGCCGGCGCACGCCCGCGCCUUCGGCCCCCGGACCCUGGGUCCUUGCGGCCUUUCGGCCCCCGGCCUCGCGG